AUGCUCUCUAAGCCGCUCAUUCCCUCAUGUGCCAUGCUUGAAGUUCAUCGAGUGAAUGCUUCCUGCGGCAUGAAAAAGCGGGAUAUGGAAGAAGAACAGAGCAAGGUAAUAUUUGAGGAUCUAUCUGCGUGGGAUUCCAGAUUGAGAGAACACAUAGGUCGUAUGACAACCCUUCUGGUAACGUCCUGCCGAAAAAUGGUUGAAAACAGGGAAUUUUUGAACUGGCUGGAGGCGGAAAAAUUCGACCUAGCAUUUUCUCAUAUGUACGACGUCUGUCCAAUCGGUCUUAUUCACCAUGCAAAGAUUCCGUCUUGGAUUUGGCUGAACAGCGGCGCUCUUAUGGAUUUCGUUGCUUAUUACAUGGGAGUCCCAACUAUUCCCAGCUACACACCACCAGUCGUCAUGGAAAGCUCUGACCAUAUGAAUUUCAUAGAAAGGACCAAGAGUUUGAUUGGCCACACAUUGAUAUCAUUCAUGUGGAAAAAAAUGUUCGCCGAUGGCGAGACUGCGAUUUUCCAGGAGUUGAUUGACCACGAUUUUCCUGAUAUAGUAGACGUAGCGAAGAAGUGCCCUCUGGUUAUGGUUAAUUCAAACGAACUAUAUGAUCUUCCCCGACCAACAUUGGCGAAAAUUGUCAACAUCGGCGGCAUCGGAAUCCAAGAGAAGGAUGCAAAACUACUGCCACAAGAAUUCCAACGGAUCGUAGACACCGCCGAAGGGAUAGUGGUGUUUUCUUUUGGAUCAGUGACUCCAAGUCACAAAAUGCCUAUGAAAUGGAAGAUGGCCUUCGUUAAUGCGUUCAGACGUUUCCCCAAAUACCACUUUCUCUGCAGAUAUCAAGCAACAGAUUUGCAAGAUAAGAUCUCACCAAAUGUGCACUUAUUCAAAUGGUUGCCACAAGCUGAUCUCUUACAAAACCCAAAAACAAAAGCGUUCAUAUCACAUGGAGGGUACAACAGUGUGCAAGAGGCAAUCUCAGCCGGUGUCCCGAUGAUCACCGUAGCUUUAUUUGGAGAUCAACCAAAAAAUGCUAAAAUGGCUGAAAGACACCAAUUUGCUAUUAAUCUUCGUAAGAGCGAUCUUAGCGCGGAUACGAUAGCUGAUGCUCUCCGUAAAAUGCUUAAUGAUCAAAGCUACUCACAAAAAAUCAAGCGGCUCUCACAGAUGACGAAGAAGAAGCCAGUGAGUGCGUCGCACCUGCUGGUCUCAUGGGCCGAAUUUGUGGCCGAGUUCAAAACGUUGGAUAAUCUCGUACCGGCUGGAAACAAACUCAACUUCUUCCAGUAUCAUUCUCUUGAUGUGAUUGCAUUCCUUCUACUCAUUGUAACUAUUAUUCUGUAUAUUUCUUGGAAAUUCUUAAAGCUCGCAACAUGUAAAUUAUAUUCCAUCUUUUUCCGUUCCAAAAAAGAAAAGAAAGCUUAA